GGACACCGCGGCAACAAUGGAAUACCAGAUAUUGAAUACAUCUACCUGUCUGCUGGUCCUUCUGGUUUUCAUACCCACUGGUUUGGGUAUCUGUCCUUCUAGCUGUAAGUGCUCAGGAAACGACAGGAAUGUGGACUGUUCAGGCAGAAACUUAACUGUACUGCCCCAGGGACUUCAAGACAACCUUACAUAUUUAAAUCUGUCCUUUAACCAGUUUGUAGAUCUCGAUCAUCAGCUAACAAGGUUCACCAAUCUGAGGACCCUUGAUAUUUCAAAUAAUUGGCUCAAGAAUGUUCCUGCUCAUCUGCCCAAAUCCUUAUGGGAAUUAUAUGCCACAAACAACAACAUUAAAGUUCUUCAGAAACUUGAUACAGCUUACCAGUGGAAUCUUAGAGUGCUCGAUGUUUCCAGGAAUAUGGUGGAAAGAGCUGUCCUGAUCAACAACACACUGAGCAGUCUCAAGUUUCUCAAUCUCAGCAGCAACAAACUUUGGACAGUUCCAACCAAUAUGCCCUACAACAUAGAGACAGUGGAUCUAUCUAAUAACUUCUUGUCCCAGAUACUCCCAGGCACACUGGUGAGACUGCAACACCUCAGAAGCCUCUACCUGCACAGCAACAAGUUCUCAUACAUUCCUGACAAAGCUUUUGACCAGCUGUCCCAGCUGCAGGUAAUAACUCUGUACAACAACCCCUGGUCCUGCGGCGAUAACCAAAUCAUCCCCUACGUGCUGCACUGGGUGCAGGGCACAGCUGCCCGUGUUCUGGGGGCUCCCUGUGCUGAGCAGCCCUGGCCCUGGGCGAGCACCACGCCAGCCCCAGCCCUGGACUCCAGCCCCACAAUCAAAGGCACCAAGGCAGCGGACAGGGAGACUUCUGCCACAGAGCCUGAGCCCACCAAAGCGACCAAAGCCCACAAACAAUUCAAAGCCAAGGAGGUCCCUCCCUGGGGCACCCAAAGCGGCCCGGCUCUGCUCCCUGGCUCUCAGCGGCCCCUGCUGCACUCCCCCGAUGGCCCCCAGGAGGCUGCGGCCACGCACACUGUCCUCCUCCAGGGCCCCGCCGGGGGCAACGCCAGCCUGGCCCCAGCCACGGGAUCCUCCACCACCCCCAUGACUCUAAGCAUCACCAGUGGAAUGCCAACAAACUACCCCAAGAUGCCUCAAAGCACAACAAGCGGUACCUUAAGGCAGGAGGAAGCCACGCCGAGCGCCCCGGAGGCGCGCGUGCCCUCCCGUGCCAGCCCCAGCCGCUGGCACACGGGGCUGCUCUGCCUGGCACUGCUGCACGCCCUGGCUCUGGCCAUGGACUGA